CCAGAGGGGCGGUCGCUUUCCCCGUGCCCCCCUCCUUGGUUCGAUCUCCUCCCUCCACCCCCACCCCGGGAAGCCUACUUGGUGCUCCCACCUGCGCAGUCCCGGGGGCCCGGGGCCGGUUCCCACGCUGGGAAGGAGCGAGGGAACAAAGGAGACGGCGCCCAGGAGCCCGGCCGAGGGCCCCGGGGACCUCCGGCGCCCGAAGGACCGGGACGGACAGGGGUGGGCGCCGGGCUGGCCGCGCCGGAGGCUGCGCCAGUGCCGCGGGGCCGUGAGAACGCGCGGGGCGCGCCGGGGCCGCCGCUCUCCCACGGCCCGGGCGCCCCCCAGCGCAGUCCGCCCGCCCCGCGCGGCGCCACGGCCUCAGGCGCUCGGGAGGGGGAGCUGGAGCCGCGAGGGACACGGGACCUCGGAGCCCGGGCGUCACUGCAACUUCGUCCCGCUUGCUACGGCGUGGGCGAGCCUUCGCCCUCCUCCAGAGCUAACAGCCACGAUCUAAGGAUCGAGUACAGAAAGCAGCAGGAAACUUACAGUGGGGCUGCUCCAGGGGCUCAACCGAAGAACACUCCCAUCACCAGUAUCCUUGAUCUGAUCGUGGCUUCCAUUAGUCAGUCCCACAUCAGAGGAGCAGUUCACCAGGACGAGAUCCACAGCAGGCUGAGGCCACUGACACCAUGUUCUGUACGAAGCUGAAGGAUCUCAAGAUCACAGGGGAGUGUCCUUUCUCCUUACUGGCACCAGGGCAGGCUCCGAAAGAGCCAGCAGAGGAGGUGGCGGGAAACGCAGAGAGCUGCCCAGCCACCCUGCCCAUCUGUCAGGACGCCCCUGAGAAGAAUGCACAAGGAAGUCUCCCUCAAAGAAAGACCAGUCGGAGCCGCGUCUACCUUCACACUUUGGCAGAGAGCAUUUGCAAGCUGAUUUUCCCCGAGUUUGAGCGGCUGAACUUUGCACUUCAGCGGACACUGGCAAAACAUAAAAUCAAAGAAAGCAGAAAAUCUGUGGAAAGAGAAGACUUUGAAAAAAUAAUUGCAGACGAAGCGCUUGCAGCAGGAGUUCCAGUGGAGAGCAUCAGAGCAUCUCUCGGUGAAGAGAUUUUUAAAAUAUGUUAUGAGGAAGAUGAACACAUCCUGGGUGUAGUGGGAGGAACCCUCAAAGAUUUCUUAAAUAGCUUCAGCACCCUCCUGAAGCAGAGCAGCCACUGCCAAGAAGCAGAGAAGAAAGGCAGGCGGGAGGCUGCCUCCAUUCUCUGUCUGGAUAAGGACCACGAUUUCUUAAACGUUUACUAUUUCUUUCCAAAGAAGAUCACGUCCCUGAUUCUUCCGGGCAUCAUUAAGGCAGCUGCUCACAUCCUGUACGAAACCGAAGUGGAAGUGUCAUUAAUGCCUUCCUGCUUCCAUAACGAUGGCAGUGAGUUUGUUAAUCAGCCCUAUUUGUUGUACUCCGUUCAUGUCACAAGCACCAAACCAUCCCUGUCCCCGGGCAAACCCCAGUCCUCACUGGUCAUUCCUGCUUCUCUCUUCUGUAAGACAUUCCCAUUCCAUUUCAUGUUUGACAAAGACAUGACAAUUCUGCAAUUUGGCAAUGGCAUCAGGAGGCUGAUGAACAGGCGAGACUUUCAAGGAAAGCCUAAUUUUGAAGAGUACUUUGAUAUUCUCACUCCAAAAGUCAACCAAACGUUUAGCGGAAUCAUGACUAUGUUGAAUUUGCAAUUUGUGGUCCGAGUGAGGAGAUGGGACAACUCUGUGAAGAAAUCUUCAAGGGUUAUGGACCUCAAAGGCCAAAUGAUCUACAUCAUUGAAUCCAAUGCAAUCUUGUUCUUGGGGUCACCCUGUGUGGACAGAUUAGAAGAUUUUACAGGACGAGGGCUCUACCUCUCAGACAUCCCAAUUCACAAUGCGCUGAGGGAUGUGGUCUUGAUCGGAGAACAGGCCAGAGCUCAAGAUGGCCUGAAGAAGAGGCUGGGAAAACUGAAGGCCACGCUGGAGCAAGCCCACCAAGCCCUGGAGGAGGAGAAGAAGAAGACAGUUGAUCUCCUGUGCUCUAUAUUUCCCUCUGAGGUGGCGCAGCAGCUUUGGCAAGGGCAGGUCGUGCAAGCCAAGAAGUUCAAUAACGUCACCAUGCUGUUCUCAGACAUUGUUGGGUUCACUGCCAUCUGCUCCCAGUGCUCGCCGCUGCAGGUCAUCACCAUGCUCAAUGCGCUCUACACCCGGUUUGACCAGCAGUGCGGAGAGCUGGAUGUCUACAAGGUGGAGACCAUUGGCGAUGCGUAUUGUGUGGCUGGGGGAUUACACAAAGAAAGUGAUACCCAUGCUGUUCAGAUAGCACUGAUGGCCCUAAAGAUGAUGGAGCUCUCUGAUGAAGUCAUGUCUCCCCAUGGAGAACCUAUCAAGAUGCGAAUUGGACUGCAUUCUGGGUCGGUUUUUGCUGGAGUUGUUGGCGUUAAGAUGCCCCGUUACUGUCUUUUUGGAAACAAUGUCACCUUGGCUAACAAAUUUGAGUCCUGCAGUGUGCCACGGAAAAUCAACGUCAGCCCAACAACCUACAGAUUACUCAAGGACUGUCCAGGUUUUGUCUUUACCCCUCGAUCAAGGGAGGAACUUCCACCAAACUUCCCCAGUGAAAUUCCAGGAAUCUGUCAUUUUCUGGAAGCUUAUCAACAAGGAACAAAUUCAAAACCAUGGUUCCAAAAGAAAAAUGUUGAAGAUGGCCAUGCCAAUUUUUUAGGCAAAGCAUCAGGAAUAGAUUAGCAAAAUAUGUCCCUGAUUAUUAGUCUUUAGGGUUUGAUUCCUUCGAGAAUGUGUGGAAUCUCUGAGAGCACUUUAGGAUGCAGAUGGAUAAAAGCAGUAUUAAAAUUUCAGGAGCUCACGAUCUACUUAUUCUUCCACUUAACAUGACAAACAUGUAUUCACUUCAAUACUUCAGCUCUUCAGUGAAAAUAAAAAAAAGAAACCUCGAAAAGUGACCUUUGGGGGAGAUUUCUGUUAUAUAUCACUUAUUAUCUGUACUCAAAAUUUAGCACAUUGUACAUAUAUCAGGUAAUUGUAGCAACCUAUACAAUGUGAUGGAGUCACUUGCAAUCUUGUGUCGUGGUGGAAUGCUAUGGUUAUUAGAGUGUGUUUGUGAUAGCAUUGCCUUACAAAAGCUUUUGAACAGAAAUUAUAGUCUUCAAUACCAUAAGCUCUUGGAACUUUUCAACUCUGAAUUUUAUUACAUUUUCUCAUUUAAUUUUUAGCUUAUAUAACAAAGUAGGUUGACGUUUUUCUCUGUUGCACUUUUCUUUUUUUAUUUUUAAGGAAAUAAGCAAUUCUGGGUUAGAUGCAAUAUGAAUAUAAAAUAGGUCUUCUGUAAAUAGCAAAGAUUAUUUUAUAAAAAUAUUCUCCACCACAUAAUGUGUCAUUAACAAUAAAUGUUUCCUUUUGUUUGACAUUUUUUUAUUCCAUAUAUGGUAAAGGCUAUUUUAAUUCAUAUUAGCAUUUUCAUUCUUAUCCAUUCAUUUCUAUUUUACAGUAUUCAGUAUAAAAGAGGCUGAUAGCCUAUAUUAAAAUGCAAUAUCAUUCUGAUUUAAUUUAACCAGAAGCAACAUGGGAGUAUAGUAAGCAUUUAGGGAACAAACUAUAAAAUGCAGAAACAAGAUAUUCACAACAUGCAUACAUUCUCCCACCCCACUCACAACACACAGAGGAAUUUGGCUCUAUUUCAGCAGACAUGCUCUAUUGCCAUGCUGAGCCAUGUAAAGUUCCAAUAAGAAAAUGUAAGUUCACAAGUGGGAAAUAAGACUUGUUCUUUUUCUGACUGUAUUUUUAAAUACUUGUGUUGAAUAAUUUAGUGUGUGUAUAUUUCCUAAGAAUCAUGAGGGGUUUUUUUGUUUUGUUUUGUUUUGUUUUUGGUCUCAUUAAGUACAAAUCUGUGAAUAUUUUAUUCUAGUGGAAAUAUCUCAAUGAUAUUCUUUAAAUAGAAUGUUAGUGUUGAUGAAGAAAAUUAUGCUGUGAUUUUAUUAUGGAAAAUUUUAAACAUUUUUUUCUGGAGCUUGAACUUUAAUUUUUAAUGAUGUUAGUCUAAGAUCUCUGGUGAACUAAACCUAAAUAGGGCUUUGAUUUUAAAAGAACUCAACUUCAAAGCAAGUGAAAAAUGAUCAUUAUAAUUUUUAAAUCACUACUAGCAUAGCCAUAGAUACACUGAACUCUUAUUUGGGGUUCUAAAAAAUAAUUCAAUUUAAAAAUUAUUUAAUUAUCUUCACUAGUUCCCAGGCUACCCUAUAGUAACCUCAGGAAUGAAAAGUAAUUACUGAUUGGCCUUUAGUAUCCCAUGUGUACCACUAUAGAUAUUACAAUGAUUAUUAUUUACUGAUUCCCCAAUAUUUUAAAGGACUAAAUGUGUCUCAUUAAAUACCAAUCUUAUUGUUAUAGGUGUUGGGAAAAUAUAGUUACAAUCUUACAAUUAUAUGAAGUUAAUAAAAGGAAAAUAAAGACAAAUACAUUUUUCUAUCUGUAAUGCAAUCCUUAGUAUAGGGAAAAUAAUAGGAAUUAAAGGAAAUUUAAAGGCAUACAAUAAAAUGUCACCUUUAUAAAAAUAUUUAAGUAGACCCUAAUUUGUUAAUUUGUUUUCUUAAGUUUUUAAGCUAAUUAGAAUUCAAAAAUAUUUUUUCUGUGUGUGUUUGUAAUGUGUGUGAGUUCACCCCAAAACCCAUAGAGGAAAAUAUAAUCUGAGUAAAAGCUAUCUGAGAAUUCCUUGUACUAUUCCUACAACCUUUCUAUAAGUUUGAUAUUUUAUCUAAAAAAAAGUAUUUACAUGUAUUUUCCCAGAGAAAUGAAAUAAUCUGUGAUAGGUUCCCCAGGCCAGCCUAUAAAGGCUCAUUAAUUAUGGAAUACUUUGUGGACCUUAAGCAAGAUGAACAUACAACAUUUCCAUGAUAGAAUGCAUUCAAAGUCCAUAAUCGGGUGCUAAAAACUUGAAGGAAUUUCCUUUCCCUUUCUAUUCAAUUUGGAGGAUAGAGGUUAUGGAUACAUUUCCAGAUCCAGACCACUGAUGGUAGCCAAGAGCAGAGAAUCUGGAAGGUAUGUUCUCAAGGAAACAGAGACCAAAAUAGGAGCUCUGUUUUAGGACUGGAAUUGAGGAUGGAGAAAAGAAUGGACAGAGAGGACCUAUGACAGGGUGGGGGGGCUAAGAGUUUGGAAUCUUUUUUUUAAAAAAAUAUAUAUUUUAUUGAUUUUUUACAGAGAGGAAGGGAGAGGGAUAGAGAGUUAGAAACAUCAAUGAGAGAGAAACAUCAAUCAGCUGCCUCCUGCACGCCCUCUACUGGGGAUGUGCCCGCAACCAAGGUACAUGUUGACCGGAAUCGAACCUGGGACCCUUCAGUCUGCAGGCCGACGCUCUAUCCACUGAGCCAAACCGGUUAGGGCAAGAGUUCUGAAUCUUGUUGCCAGGAUAACUAUCCUAAAAAAUAAUGUGGGGUCUAGUCCCCAUUGGUUUAGCCCAGUAGGUAGAGCGUUGGCCCUGGUUGAGGGGGCUGCAGGAAGCAGACAAUUGAUGUGUCUCUCUCACAUCAAUGUUUCUCUCCGUGUCUCCCACUUUCUUCCAUUCUCUCUAAAAAUCAAUGGAAAAAUAUCCUCAGGUGAAGAGUUUAAAAAAUAAUAAUAAUAAUAAUGUGGGGUGCCAAGACUGUUUUUCAAUCAGAUGGUUUUUCCUGAGAAUUCCACGAGCUGUUUCAUUUGUCCAGAUUUUUUUUAAUUUUCACUCACAGCUUCUUGCCCAAUUAUUAAAUGUCCAGUACACAAAAUAAAUUUGCCUUUAUACCUAUUUCUUAAGCAAGCAUAGAGUUCCGUGGUUGUUUUCUAAAGAUGUCUGCAUCAAGAAGCAAAAAGAAAUAGAGUUAAAAAGUGUCUUCCCACUUUUCUUCAUCUUUUUAUUUCUAUCUAGAUUUUGUAAGAAAAGGCAAAGUUUGAACCUAGAUAUGAAUAGGUUCACUUACUCAUUUUCAUUUAUUUAAUCAUCAGUUCUUGAAUAACUACCAUGUGCCAGGAAUAAUGCUGUUUUUUGGAAUUCAGAGAUAAGACAUGACCCAUUCUAUCAAGAAAAUAAAAUUAAAAAUGAACAUAAGAUAAAUAAUUUCAAAAUUCUAUGGGAGCACUUAGUGCUUGGAGAAGUGUCUUGGUCUUAGAGGAGUUCAUCCAGCAGAGAGGGAAGGACUUGACCAAGCAAGUAAACCAGCACACACGAAGAAAUGGAGUCUUGGGGGUGCAUAGCCUGUCCUAGGUGGCAAGUUGCCCGGGAUGAGGUGGAGGGGAAGAGAAUAAGGACAGAAAGACCACUUAGCUACAGAUCAUGAAGAGGGCUCUUUUUUCAUGAUAAGAUGUGUGAUUUUGAUGAUGGUGACGGUAUUCAUCAUCAUUAUUCAUUUCCAUAAACCGCUUUGUUCAAAACAAAUCUUACAAAUGGAAAAAAAAAAGUGCAAAACAGAAAAAAGAAGCAGACCAUUAGCUUCUACUUCCUUCCCCAACACUUUUUAAA